AUGCCUUCCCUGAGCACGGUUCCUCAACGCCGCCAAAGGUCCGAUGAAGAUGAUGAAACUGAUGCAUCUGGCACGGCGUCCUCCUCCCCGGCCCCCACUCCCUCAAGCAACAGCAAACGCCCGAGGAUACAACAAGAUGAAAGUGAAUCUGCUGGAUCUGAGGUUUCCGAUGUUGACGCUGCGGCUGAAACGGAUGACGAGAAUGACAGUGCAGAAGAUGACUCCGCAACUGCCACUCAGACGAAUAGCCAGCGCCAGAGUCAGGGCCCAGCAAGACAUCCAAGGGCCGCGGUGAACGGUGUGCAAAAUCAGGUCUCGCAGGAAGGGUACAAGUCUGGUGCUAUUGUUCGUAUCAAGGUCACUGAUUUCGUGACCUACACGUCCGCGGAGUUCUUCCCUGGGCCGAAACUGAACAUGGUCAUUGGACCAAAUGGAACGGGGAAGAGUACGCUUGUUUGUGCUAUCUGUCUUGGUUUGGGAUGGGGGCCGCAGCAUCUCGGACGCGCGAAGGAUAUCGGCGAGUUUGUUAAGCAUGGAUGCAGAGAGGCAACGAUUGAAAUUGAGCUCGCAGGUGGCCCGAAUCACCGACGGAAUCCUGUCAUCAGCCGGACCAUCAAGCGAGAGGGCAACAAAAGCACGUUUACGUUGAACGGGAGGCCAUCUGGUAUGCGAGAAGUAUUAAGACUUGCCCAUUCAUUCGCUAUUCAAGUCGACAAUUUGUGUCAGUUUCUGCCGCAAGAUAAAGUUAGCGAGUUUGCUGCACUCACGCCGAUUGAACUGCUUAACUCGACGCAGCGGGCUGCUGCCGGUGCGGAAAUGGUGGAGCUACACGAAAACUUGAAAAGCUUACGAGCUGAGCAGAAGAGCCUUCAGUCGAACAACGAGGCUGACCGAGAUCUACUUUCGAAUCUCGAAAAUCGACAAGAAAUGCAGCGGGCAGAUGUCGAAAGGGUCCGUCAGCGAGCGCAGAUCAAGAAACAGAUCGAAGUGUUGGAAAUGGUCCGACCCGUCGUCCAAUACAAGGCGCUCCAUAGGAAAUUCGACGCUGUGAGGGAGGACAGAAGGGCCUGUCAGCACGAACUCGAAGAACUCGAAGCGGAAUUGGAGCCGGUAAUGAGAUCCGUCAAAGAGAAGGAGGGCUACUGCAAGCAAGUAGAUGACGUGAUAAAGCAUAAACAACGAAAGUUCGAUGAUGCAGAAAGAGCGGCUACAGAUAUCGGGAAGAGAGUCGAACAGUAUGAGCAAUCCAUGAAAGAUAUGGAAGCCGAAAUCGAGGCAGAGAGAAAGAGCUCUGUGAAUUAUCGGCAGGAAGGGAUCAAGAUUACGCAGGCAAUCAAUCGGCUUAACCGACAGUUGAACGAGGAGCCCAUCGAAUUUGACGCUAAUUGGUAUAACGAUCAGAUUAGAGAAAAACGAAGAGAGCAGAGAGAAUUUGAAGACAAGGGAGACGAGAUCAAGGGCCGUCGACGGCCAUUACAAGAAAAACUCGCCGAACCAACGCGUCUCUUAAAGCAAGCCGAGCAGCAACUGCAGGGCCUCGACUCGCGUUCUGGGCAGCAAGAGAGAAAGCUUCGCCAAGCAUCCUACGAUUCCCAGAAAGCUUACGAGUGGCUCUUAAACAAUCAAGACAAAUUCGAGAAAGAGGUUUUCGGUCCUCCGAUUGUCACUUGCUCCAUCAAAGAUCCGCGGUACACGAACCAUGUUGAGUCAUUGUUGCAGAGAACAGACUACACGGCUUUCACGGUCCAGAGUCGAAAUGAUUUUAGGAAUUUACAAAGAUAUUUAAUUCGCGACCUGAAACUUCAAGAUAUCAGUAUCAGGACAUCUUCUAUUCCUCUCGGAAAUCUUCAAGCUCCAUUGCAUGACGAUCAGCUGAGGAAUAUGGGCUUUCAAGGCUGGGCAAAAGACUUUCUCAACGGUCCGGAGCCUGUUCUUGCGAUGCUGUGCAGCGAGAAUAGGCUGCACCAGACACCAAUAAGUCUGAGAGACAUCUCUGAUCAAACAUACACAGCCCUGGAAAACAGCUCAAUUACAUCAUGGGUGGCGGGUAAACAGGCCUACCAAAUUGUACGACGACGAGAGUACGGUCCCGGAGCUUCCUCUACCCGCGUACGACAAGUACGGCCAGCAAAGGUCUGGACCUCCCAACCUGUUGACACAUUAGCAAAGGGAGAACUGCAGGCAAGGAUUCAAGAGUUGAGGGACGACAUCAAAAACGUUGAGGACGAAAUUGAAUCCGACAGAGCAAGCUUGGCAGAACUUGGUCGGGAGUACGAAAAGGUCCAAAGAGAAAGAGAUGAACUUGAAAGCGAAAAGGCAAGGAAGCAAACAGCGUAUACCGACUUCAGGGCCAUCCCAGAACGAAUACGCCAGCAAGAAGCCAAGAAAAAAGCAAACGAUGACUAUUUUGCAAGAAUCAGGGCCAAGGUCCUUGAUAUUCGCAAUAAGCAGGAUCGGCUAUCUAUUGAAAAGGCUGAAGCAAUCAUAGAAUACGCGGAUGCGGUUGAGACACUCCGUGAACUCGAAGAGGAAGUGAUCAAGUUGACAAUGUGGAAGGUCGAAGGAAUUUCUGACCUGGAAAUCCUGAAAGGCCGCACUAGCGACCAUAACGAGAGGCUCCAGGCUAAGGGCGAAGAGGUCAAGCAAAAGACCCAAGAAGUUGCGGAAAUGGCGCAGGAAACCAAGAGAGUCGGAAAAGAGGCAAGAAAGGUUGCGGCGCAUCUCAAGGAGAAGCCCGAGCUGGAGGAAAUGGGCAAGCAGAUAUACGACAGCCACACCGUCACCGAACUGGAAGCCGAAAUCGACUCUGAAAAGGCGCGCCUUGAACUCACACAUGGAGGCCCUUCGAAUGUGGUUCAGGAGUUUGAAGAGCGCGAACGGCAAAUCGAACGUUUACGCGGGAAACUUACCGAUUUCCACAACAAGCUUGCGGACUUCAACCAUGCGAUCAACGAGAUCAGAGGCAAAUGGGAACCAAGACUAGAUUCUAUUAUCAAGAGCGUUAGCGACGCAUUCUCCGACUCGUUCGCGCGCAUCGGCUGCGCUGGUCAAGUCUCCUUAGACAAGGCAGGCGAAGAGCUAGGACCGGACGGCCAGCCAAGCGGGAACGACUUCGACCAAUGGUCCAUCCAGGUGCACGUCAAGUUCCGAGAGCACGAGAGCCUGUCUCUUCUAGAUUCGCAUCGCCAAUCCGGUGGAGAGCGAGCCGUCAGCACAAUAUUCUACCUCAUGGCCCUGCAGUCUCUCUCCGCAUCGCCAUUCCGCGUCGUCGACGAAAUUAACCAAGGAAUGGACCCGCGAAACGAACGCAUGGUCCACGAGCGCCUCGUCGAUAUUGCGUGUGCGCCGAGCGAAGACGGCGGCGGCGGCGGUCAGUACUUCCUCAUCACGCCCAAGCUACUCAGCGGCCUCGUCUAUAAACCCGGUAUGAGAGUUCUAUGCAUCGUCAGCGGUGAACAUAUGCCCGGGGAUCACAACCUCAUCGACUUUGGUGCGGCCGUGAAAAACAUGCGAGCCAUUACGGCGCGGUCGAGGGGAAGAGCCAUUGGCGGCACUGCUUCGCAGUCAACUGUUGUUGCUUAA